AUGGGGGGUCGUGAGGGGACUAAUUAUAACCCCCCUCCCCCGGUCCCAUUCAUCAGCUUUCCACACCCAGACUCUCUCAACACACUCUUGUUCUACUAUCUCGAUUGCUUUAACAUCGCCCUAACGCUAUAUUGGGGCGAACACAGACCGAACUGGGAGAAGACUUUCUCAGCCGAGAAAGGAGUUGGUGUCGGUGUCUACGCACAGUUCCUACAGCUGGCCACUGGUGGAUUGCCGCUUGGCCCCGAAGUCAACCUUGAGCAUUCGAGUAAUACAACAAACACGUUUGCAUUUGACGCGGUAACGAUGCUGGCGUUCGAGCCAACCGAACAAUACUUGCAAGACGCCAUCAAGGCGCCAGAAUAG